AUGAAAAAGCUUCAGCAGAUCAUCAACAAAGAUCGAGAGGGUGCACGUCAUGUGCUGUUAGACUGGCCACAUCCAGUGAACGGCACGACCGCGCUGAUGGUUGCGGCUAUGAAGAAGAACGGAGCGGACCCAGUACGCGCUCUGAUUGACGUUGGAGCUGAUUUGGAAGCUACCGAUGAGGGCAAACGCCGAAGUACGGCGUUGCAUUAUGCCGCGUACCACAACCGCGUCGCUCAACUGGAGCUUUUGCUCAAUGCAGGUGCCAAUGUGUUCGCAUUAAAUGGAAAAGGCCACACCGCGCUAGAUGUGGCAAGACUCCGUGGUCGGAAGGAAGCUGCGGCAGCACUAACAUCUCGACUGCAGGUGCAUUGUGACUGGCUAUAUAUACGGUCUAAGUCAAUGCUAGGAUUCUGGAAGCGCCGAUGGUGUGUGCUUUUAGCCUGUAAUUCGAAACUCACAUCGACCGAGCUAUGCAUUUUUCGUGGACCUCAUAAAGCGCAUCCGAAAGCUGUAAUAUGGCAAGACACUAAGGCUGAAACUACUACGUAUUGCUCACGAAUUAGCAAUACAAAAGCAAACGCUUUUAAAUUAGACACCGGAAUCAUUUACCAGAAUCUUGGCGGUAGACGCUACAGUCGAUACCGAUCCUCGGGGCGCACGCACGUUCAUAAAUCAAAUUUUCAGCCUAGCGAGUUUUUCUUUGCUUGCGAUAGUGAAGAGGCUCGUGAUGCUUGGAUUAACGCGUUGGAAGGCCAAUUGUGUGGAGGAGAUAGCACGAACACAGCCUUAAGCUCUACUUUUAUGGGCUCACCACAGAUAGAAAACGAAUGUUAUCGCACUACUGAAGGUGCACUACCUUCUGGCGAUCCAUUAGUUGCCGAACCUAUCGGCAGGUCAACUUUGUUCAGCCAUUCAAAUGCUGCUGAUAUAUCGAUGAAUCAAGAACCAAUUCGUCCGACGGCACCUACGUUCAUUGAGGAAAACGAAAGCUACACGUGGUACGAUUUAUUUGGAUUGCCAGCUUUAGCUGAGCAGGAAGGACUUGAGUUUCCUGUAGCGACGGUGAUCACUAUCAGUGGUGAUCCUGAUGAACCACAACCUGUACUAGAAGACCGAUGCAUUGUCUGUAUGGACAAUAAUCGAGACUCGGUCUGUAUUCCGUGUGGUCACGUUGCAGGUUGUUUGGACUGCAUGCGAGCAGUCACACAAGAGAACUUGUCGUGUCCUAUUUGUCGUGCUCAUGUAGAUGGUGUCGUUAGGAUUUAG